CAGAAUAAGUUAUUGAUUUGCCAUAGAGCUGACCGGAGUUGUCGUAGACGUAGGGAAACGAUAGCUACAGUGGCAGCCCAAGGGAGAAAAAACGGGAAAAAGUAGUGAUUUUUCGUUCGUUCGAUCGUGAAAAUGAAUUAACAGUGGCAGAAACACAUAGCAGCACCAGCAGCAGCGAUAUUGAAGGCAAUCGCAACCCCGAGGACGGAACGCGGCGGCGGUGGGUGUGUUUGUUCGCGUCGCGAUUUGCGGAAAAAAUCUCGGAGAAAGGCCUACCAUUCCACUACUGUUUCUCGUUAUCAUCAUCCCUGGUGUCGGUCGUCGUAACACACACGGGGCGGAUACGGGCUGGAAUCGGAAUCCAAGGCAAGAGAGAACCGUCAGCUAGUGGGCAGUGGAGGAGGCCUCUUUUCCCGUCGUGCCGUUUGUUGUCAGGUUCAGAGGCGAAGAGGAAAGUGUUGGCCACGGUUAGCCAUUUCGAUUUGCGAUAAGUAGUUUACGUGAUAAGGUCCGCGAUUCGGAUUGGUGGCUGCCUCGUCGAAACGAAAAUUAUUGCUACUGGCUGGAAGAAGCAGGAGCGGAUCCGUGCCAAGUGUCAGAUUGAAUAGAUGAAAAAAAAGUGCAUGUUUUACGUGUGUGUUGUGUUGGAGAAAAUUUGACGGAAAGCGAAAAUCGAUCCUCUUAAGGGUAGAAGGAGCUCUGGAGCUUCCGGGUGGAAUGUGGAAAUCUUCCGAAUUCCUAGUGUUGUUCUAAAAAAAAAAUUCAAAGGAAAAAAAGGUUCCUCCCCUAAAUGGUGGAAGCAAUAGUAAAGUCGAUGAAAAAAAAAAUCCAAUAAAAAAGAGCUGUGUUAGUUUUGCGUGGUGAGAAGAAAGUGUGAAAGAAAGCAGCACUAGCGAAAAAAAAAGUAAAGUUUCACUUCCCUUCGAUGGAAAUGUAAAGAAGGAAAAGAAGAAAAAGAAAUACGAAGCAUCAGCAAAAAAAAAAAAUACCAAACAUUGGAAGCGAUAUCCUCUUCGGACGAGACGGCGGCUGCGGCUCUGAUUGUUGACCAAAACUGACACGGACGGAGUCUGGACCGACCGGAAUCAGCAGAGAGGUGAAAAAUUAUGGCCUCCGGCGAUACGGCAGCGAUCGACACGAUUGACGUGGAGUCAGCGCUGUCCACCAAGAACUCGGAAUACACGACGAGCAGUAGCAACUACAACAAGGAUCAGCUGCUGCACGAGCAGGAUGAAUACGGCAAAUUCAUCAAGGAUACUCCCGGGAAGCAAGUGCUAUCCGAUGGCAUGUCGGCAGAUCAGCCUCUGGCCUCGCGGCCACACCGGCCCAAAUCGGACAAGGAACGGAAGAUUGGUCAUCGGCGGGUGGGCGAAGGUGGCGAAAUUACCUACAAGAAGAUCCAAACCACCCAGAUCAUGGGCUCGAUCCAGCUGGGCAUUCAGCACACGGUUGGCAGCCUGGCCUCGAAACCCCGUCGAGAUCUGUUGAUGAUGGACUUUUGGGAGCUGGAGACGAUAUCAUUCCCCCCGGAGGGCUCCAGCAUGACCCCGGCGCAUCACUUUAGCGAGUUCAAGUUCAAAAUUUAUGCACCGAUAGCGUUUAGGUACUUUCGGGAUCUGUUCGGUAUUCAACCGGAUGAUUUCAUGAUGUCAAUGUGUUCAGCCCCACUGCGGGAGCUCUCGAAUCCGGGUGCGUCCGGGUCGAUAUUCUAUCUAACCGAUGACGACGAGUUCAUCAUCAAGACUGUAAUGCAUAAGGAAGGUGAAUUUCUACAGAAGCUGUUACCAGGAUAUUACAUGAAUCUAAAUCAAAACCCUCGCACGUUGCUGCCGAAAUUUUUCGGACUGUACUGCUACCAGUGCAAUAGUAAAAACGUCCGACUAGUGGCCAUGAACAAUCUGCUGCCGUCGUACGUGAAGAUGCAUUUGAAGUACGAUCUGAAGGGUUCUACCUACAAGCGGAAGGCCAACAAAGCGGAACGCACCAAACCGUCCCCCACCUACAAGGAUCUGGACUUUAUGGAGCACCAUCCGAACGGCAUCUUCCUGGAGGCGGACACUUGCAAUGCACUGAUCAAAACCAUCCAGCGUGACUGUCGGGUGCUGGAGUCUUUUAAGAUAAUGGACUAUUCGCUGCUGGUCGGCAUCCACAAUCUGGAUCUGGCCUUGAAGGAAAAGCAGGAAGCGGCGGCCAAAGCCAAAUCCGAGGGGGAAUCCGACUACGAGGAUGCACCGGAAGCCGACCAGUACAUGGUACAGGAACGGGAAGAACAACGAACGACGGCGCUGAACCGCAGCAGAUCCAUCAACCGACAGCGGCUUGUUGCGCAUUCGACUGCAAUGGAGAGUAUUCAGGCCGAGAGUGAACCGAUCGACGAGGAGGAUGAUGUACCACCGGGUGGUAUCCCUGCGCGCAGCGAAAAGGGCGAGCGGCUCCUACUGUUCAUCGGCAUUAUCGACAUCCUGCAGUCCUAUAGGUUAAGGAAAAAGCUCGAACACACGUGGAAAAGUAUUAUACACGAUGGUGAUACCGUAUCGGUACACCGGCCUUCCUUCUAUGCACAACGCUUUCAGGACUUUAUGGCGAAGACCGUCUUCAAGAAAAUUCCAUCCCUGGAUCUUCCCGAGAUCAAAGGCAAUCAUAGAAAAUUUCGCACGUUGGUCACCAGUUAUAUAGCGCUAAAACAUUCGCCGUCAAAGAGAAAAAGCCUCUCGAAAGCAGCACAGAGAACUAGAAAUGAAGAAACUGAUAGUCAACCUGUAGCAGGUAGUUCCCACCAGCAUCACCACCAUAACCAGCAGCAACGGGAGCAGCAGCAGCAGCAGCAGCAUAAUCAGCAACAGCAGCAACAUCAUCAACAACAGCAACAACAGCAGCAGUUCCAUCCCACGCAGACGCAUUUCAACCAACAUACCACUGGAACGCCCAAGUCUGGCACAUCUCCUUCCUGUUCUUCCACCCCUCCUCCCGCUUUCGACGAUAUCUCCGAGCACGGUAGCAGUAGUCAUCGGCACUCGUCGGACGAUAACAAAACGGGCAGCGGUGGAAGUGGUGGCGGCGGCGGCGGUGUCAUUGGCAGUGGCCUCAGCCGAAGCAGCGGAGGUAUCGGUGACGGUGGCAGCACCGGAGGUACCGUGGACCGGCGGAGCACCUCCUGCCGGAGUGAUAACUACAAGGAAGACUCGAUAAGUAUAUCAGAAAUAAGAUUAGAAAGUCAUUUAGCAGUCGAAUCGUCAUCCAAUAGCAAUUACGGAUCUAGAGGUGCACUAGCGUGGACACCGCCAGCCUCGGUCGAAGGUUCCACCCCGACCUGGACCGAGGGAACGCCUAGCUUUACGGAGUCGAGCUCCAGCGGUGAUAUAGGAACAUUCUCAGGCCAUUCGUCUCCACUGCAUACCACCCUCUCGGAUCGGGAUCGCCACAAGCCAACGGUCGAGAAGGCCCUCAACUCGCUCACGUCCGAAAUGGUAAGCUUUUCCAAAUCGCAUUACUCCUCUUCCGCUUCGUCGGUAUCGGCGUCCUCGUUCAAUGUCAAAAAGCUACACAAACAGGUGAUCUAUGUAAAGAACAGCAGCUGCUCGAGUAUAGAGCAAAGCGGUACCACCAGUGGAUCGAUGGCCGUCAGUCCGGGUGGUUCGGCCGGUGGGUCAACGUCGUCGAUGACGAUGAUGACCACUACCACGACCAGCAGUACCCGGAUGGCGUCCACCGAUCGGCCGUUGGAGUCGGCCGCUUCCAUUACGACCAUCGGUACGACCGACGCAUCCACGACAUCGUCAUCACCGGUGACGGUAUCCGUGGACAAUGGCCUCGGGGCGUCGACCGAUGGUAGUAGCGGUUCGUUGGCCGAUCUCGAGCGCAAUGUACUGCGGAUUAACGAAUGAAUGCCGGCUAGAUGGCAAUUCCCAUUGGAACCGGUCGCAAAAGAAAGUGUAAUCGCAUUGUGAUUUAGAAUAUGUAUUUAUAGCUAUUAUUUAUUGUAUUCUGUUUAACAUAGGUUAUCAUUUUUACAAUUUUACAAUUUCCGGAAAGUACCAUAUGCAAAGUCUACCUAAAUUCACAAAUUGCUUCUGUUCAUCUCUUCGCAUGGAGAAUCUCUGACAUUUAAACACAUUCAUAAACGCGUGUAGAGAGGUUCCGUUUAUACACAUUUGCUUUAAUCACAACGAAUUGAUAUUCGGCUACAUUGUAAUUGAGCUAGAAAGUUUCAUCUGUAAAUACAAUUCACGGCUCGUCAGGGCUGCCACAUCGUUCACUGAAGAUUAGUAGUUAUCACAUCGCGUGGAUAUCCUCAUUAGACCCAUAUCGACCUCUGCAAAUUAUGUAAUUAAAUUUUUGAUUUUUUUUUUUAUAAUUUAUUAUUAGUAAUCAUUAGUUAUAUUAUCUAGAAUAUUCCUCACAAUUAUACAUUUACAGCAGAAAUAUAAAAUCGGACAUGUUAA